AUGAAGCUAAAGUAUCUUUCAAGUAUUAUUCCUGCUCAGGAUGGGGAAGCGAAAAUCGCCACAAUUGCUUGUUCCCCAAAUGGCUUUCGAGCAGCAGUCGCUUGUUCCGAUCGAUCGGUCGCUCUACUCGAUGAAAAUGGCCAACAAAGAGACAAGUUCUCAUGCAAACCGCUUGACGCAAAGUACGGAAAGAAAUCGUUUGCGGUCCUUUGCAUGACAUUUUCACCCGAUUCGUCACGCAUCGCCAUAGGACAGAGUGAUAAUGUGCUCUUCAUCUACAAAGUCGGAACGUCUUGGAACGAAAAGAAAGUGAUUGUCAACAAAUUUGUGCAACCGUCGGCUGUGACUUGUUUGAGUUGGCCGUUCGAUGAUAAAAUACUGGUAGGACAGUUAGAUGGAAAGGUCAGAAUCGGGCUUAUCAAAACCAACAAAUGCAGUUCUCUCUUCAAGACUGACGAAACAGUCGUCAGCAUUCAGACACACCCAAAAAAGACAUCCUUUGUCUCUGCACAUCAAGAUGGAUCCAUCAUUCUGUACAACUUCAGCAGUAAAACUCAAUCCAAGAUUUGCACACUCCAAUGGCCUCCAUAUAAUCUCGUUUUCACUAACCACGGUCUCGUUGUGGCCACGUCAGACAGACGUGUACUGUCCUACACAGAGAACGGAGUCGUCCAACAGCAAUUCGACUACAAUGACCAGCCGGAGAAGGAGUUCUCGUCGAUUGUGUGUGACCCUACUGCGCAGAAUGUGGUCGUGGCUAGUUAUAAUAGGCUCCGGCUGUUCUCCUGGUCGGCCAGACGCGGUGCAUGGGACGAAGGAGCUCCUUUGGAAAUUCAGAAUGCUUACUCGAUAGGUGCCCUAGGCUGGAAACAAGAUGGCAGCACUAUUUACGCGGGCACUGUCUGUGGAGGAGUCUUUGCUGUUGAUUGCUGUCUACGUCGUGGUAUGCUGAAAUCUCGAUUUGAAACCACCUACGUCGCCCCAUCCCAUGUGAUUCUUCGUGAUGUAACAAAUGAGUCGAGAACAAAUUUGAUUUCCAAUAAAGGACUAGCUAUCGAUGAGCUGAAAAUCAUGGGCAAAGACCGUUUUGUCAUCGGAUACACCUCAUCCACCAUCAUCAUUGCUGAUACCGAAACCCAAAGAUUCUCUGAGCUUGAAUGGCAAAGUGGAGGACACGAGAAGUUUUUUUUUGACUUCAACAACUGCUGCUUGAUCAUAAAUGCUGGAGAAGUGACUGUUGUGGAAUAUGGCGUGGAUGGUCCGAUGGGAUGGGUAAGAACUGAGCUCACAAGUCCGUACUUGCUCAGUGUGCAAAUCAGUGGUCCGGAUGUCGAGGAGCAUAAGAAAGUGAAGAAAAUGGCAUUUUUGGUAGAUCCAACAACUAUUUCCAUCGUUAACCUAGUUACUGGUCAACAGGAAAGCUUCAUUCAUCACACUGGUCCAAUCGACUGGAUUGAGCUUAAUGAGCCAGCGUCAAAGCUUCUUUACCGCGACAAACGCUCGAAAGUCACUUUAGUCGACAUUGAUUCUGACCAGAGAACUGUUCUCCUAACAUUCUGUACCUAUGUCCAAUGGGUUCCAAUGAGCGAUGUCAUUGUUGCACAAAGUGGAGACAAUCUGUCAGUCUGGUACAAUCCAGAUCUUCCAGAACAAGUGACUAAUAUGAAAAUCAAAGGAGAAAUUGAGACAGUCUUGAGAGACGCUGAUCGAACUGAAGUCAUUGUUCAGGUACCCAAAAAUUAUAAGCAAAUCUUCAACAGAGAUAUUCAGGAGCCAACAGCAAAAGUUGCAUAUGAACUGGACAACACCCAAAUAGAAUUUGGAGCAGCGCUAGAAAAACGAGAUUUCGAGAGAGCUGUUGCGUUUUUGGAAUCCAAUACAGGAUCUUCAGAUGCUUACGCAAUGUGGACUAGAGUAGCUGAGAUGGCACUAGAGCAUGGAAACCUUUUUGUAGCUCAACGGUGCUACGCGGCAAUAGGAAACAUUGCAAAGGCGAAGAAACUUCAUGAUAUAAUAGAGAUUGCUGACGAAGCUGCCAUCACUAUCGGUGGCGAUGGAACUCACUAUUACAAGGUUCGUGCUAUGAUGUCAAUCCUUGGACGCAAAUUCAAAGACGCUGAGAGAAUAUUUCUGGAACAGAACGAUGCGGAUGCUGCAAUUGGGAUGUACACAUCUCUUCAUAAAUGGGAUGAAGCAAUGGAACUAGCAAAAGUGAUCAACUAUCAAAACUUGGAUGGUCUCAAAAAUAAUUAUAUGAGAGCUCUCAGCGAAACAGGACAGGACUCGAAGGCGGCGGAGCUCAAAGCAGCAGAUGGUGACACAAUGGCAGCUGUAGACUUGUACAUGAGGUCUAACAAACCCUUAUCUGCACUGAAUGCUGUGAUGAAUGAUAGUGUGCUCUCUCAAGAUGCAAAUGUUUUGAGACAAGUGGCGGAGGCUCUCGGAAAAGCACAACUGUUUGAUAAGGCUGGAGAAGUUUACGAGAAGCUGAAAGACUUUGACAAUGCCGUUGACAACUAUAAAAAAGGGGAUGCAUACGGAAAAGCUAUACAACUCGCUCGAUUCGCAUAUCCUGAGAAAGUGGUCGAUCUCGAGCAUGAAUGGGGUUUACAUCUAGAGUAUAUCGGGCAGUACGAUGCCGCUGUGAACCAUUUUGUUGAAGCAAAUGAUUUGAAGAAAGCUGUUGAGUCUGCAAUUCGAGCCAAAGAAUGGCCAAAGGCGUUAUCGGUAAAAGCGCAAGAACCCAACGCAAAGAUUUUAAUCGUUGAGAACAUUCAAGACCAAAAAGUGCGUACAACUUACUAUGGAGAAAUCGCUGACCAUUAUUCGAGUGUAGGAGACUAUGAGAAACUAGAAUUUUUGCAGAGAGCUGAGCGACUAUUUGUUGAAGCCGGUCUAUUCAACGACGCCAUCAUGAUGUACGGAAAAAAUGGAAAAUGGACUGACGCGUUCCGUCUCUCCGUAGAAUUUCACGGAAAGGAUGUCACCACUUCAUCAUACUUGUCAAAAGCUGAAGACUUGGAUGAGCAUGGAAGAUUCGCUGAGGCUGAGCAGCUCUAUAUCAUAAUUGGCAUGCCACACAAGGCUAUCCAAAUGUAUGAUCGAGUUGGGCGAGACGAAGACGUUCUUCGGCUAGUCGAGAGGUACCAUGGUGAUCACUUGCAGGAAACUCGGAAGCGGUUUGCUGCUCAGUAUGAGGAACGUGGUGACCUGAAAGCUGCAGAAGAAGAAUUUUUGAAAGCUGGAGACUUCCGAGCAGCGAUCAACAUGUACAAGGAAAACGAAAUGUGGGCAGACGCCUAUCGGAUCGCCAAAACUGAGGGAGGAGAUAAUAUGGAGAAGCAGGUUCUUUUCAUGUGGGCCAAGAGUAUUGGUGGUGAUGCAGCGGUCAAGUUACUCAAUAAGCAUGGCAUGCUGAAUGAAGGAAUUGAAUUUGCGUGUGAUUCUGGAGCAUUUGACUUGGCGUUUGAUUUGACUAGAAUUGGAGCUAAGGACAAAAUGGCAGAUGUGCAUUUGAGGCUGGCCGGUCAGUUGGAGGAGGAAGGAAGACUCGAGGAUGCAUCGAAGCAUUACAUUGAGGGCAACAAACCGGACCUUGCGGUGGACAUGCUCAUCCGUGACAGUGAUUGGGCUGCUGCUGAGCGUAUUGCAAAAGAGCACUGCCCUAAUCUUUUGCCAGAUGUCUACACUGGUCAAGCUCGUCGUGCUAUUGAAGAAGGAGAUCAUUUGAGAGCCGAAACAUUCCUUCUGAGGGCAAACAAGCCGGAGAUCAUUUUGAGGUAUUUUUUCAUUGUAAGGAAUAAACAAUGUUCACUUGUUCAAUUUUUUAGAUACUUCGCUGAAAAUGAAAUGUGGCCAGAUGCUCUUCGUAUCGCUCAAAACUAUUUACCACACCAAUCGGCACUAAUUCAAGAAGAAUAUGAAAAAUCAGAAUUAAGAAAUGGGGCGCGUGGUGUGGAUUCGUACCUGGCUCAAGCCAAGGAUUGGGAGCAACAGGGCGACUGGAGGAAGGCAGUAUCUGCUUUACUCAGAAUCAAUGCGGAAUCGACGGACAACGAAGCUUUGAUUGUACAGAGUACCGAAAAGGCCGCCGAUCUUGUGAUGAAAUUUUUGAUGGGUGAUGAUGAAUACGUUGGAGAUGUUCUAAGAGCACUGGAUGACAAUAAUUGUCAUGAGAAAGCAGCGGAGUUGCUUCUGUUGUUUGGACAAACCAGACAAGCAAUAACAGCACUUUGUAGAGCCAAGCAAUGGGGAAAAGCAAAACAGGUGGCCGAAGAGUACCUGCCUGAAAUGGUGGCUGAGAUUGAGAGAAACUAUAAAGACAGUUUGAAAAAUGAAGGGCGACUUGGAGAGCUCAUCGAUGUGGAUGUCGUGACUGCAAUUGAUAUGAUGAUCGAAAAUGAUCAAUGGGAUAAGGCACUAGACACCGCAAAAUCUCAAAACUACCGCCCACUUCUUGAAAAGUACGUUGCUCAAUACGCUGCAAUUUUAAUUCAUCGAGAAGAUUAUGUCAGAGUGUUGACUAUCCUAGAAAGAUACGGAGCUUCAGGAAACCCAGCCAACUUCUCAAUCUACAGAACUCUUAUGGAAGAAACAUUAGCUAAGCCACGAUUUGACUAUAAUGAGAUUGCUAGAGUGCGGAAUGUUCAUCUUGAUGUGUUUCUAGCCUUGAAGAAAGAGGGAUCUGAGCAUCUGGAAGAGUUCACAAAAGCUAUGUGGGCCCUUCAUCUCAUAUCCAUGCGGACUGCACUGGAAGAAAUCGAUAAAUCGGUGCCAGAAGUGCAGAAAUUGUGUUUACGCCAGUCGCUGUCGUUAUUGAGAUACACUGAUGUAUUGACACCGGACCGUAUCUUUUACGAAGCCGGAUCCGCUUGCAAAGAUUAUGGAAAGGAGUACGAGUCGCUGGGCUUCUUACUUCUGAAUCACUAUCUCGAUUUGGUGGAUGCCAUUGAAGAAGGAAGUGGAGAGCUUGUGGAUUACAGUCCGUUCGAGAACAGUGACAUUCCGACAGAGGUAUCAUUGCCAACGAGACAGUGGUUGGAGGGCGCCAAGCAUGAAGAAAUCAAGGAAUGGGUUCUGGCCGCCUCCGUCGAUGAUCAGCACAACAAAGAGCUAGUCUACGACCGGCGUGGCGUGUUCGAAGCUUCAUUGACCGACAGACGAGGCGAAACAGCGGCGCCGUGUCUGGUAACUGGUUACCCAGUCAUCGAGAGUACAGUUCACAUCGGAAGUAUGGUGGCCGAGAAAGAUUUUCUGAACAAGUUCCUCGUCGUUAUCAAAUCUCAUCAAUCGGAAAAUUUAUUGAAUGUGCAAAACUUUGUGGCAAGAUGGGCUGGUUCACCGUUGGCCAUUUCGUUGUGA